UUUUCAUUCAGUGUCAUCAACAGAAAGAGAAAAAGGCCGGAAGAAACGACAAAGCCGAUAAUAAUUAAAAUGAGGUCGAUAGUUUUAAUUUAUCGUACGAUUAAUUGAUUUAUUGUUUAUCGCGACAGGCCUAGGAACACAUUUAUGAGGGUACGUGUAUAUUGUCUGAGAACGCCGAGCCUAAUAUGGCUUUUUAUUCCUGAGAAACUUGAAUAGAGCACAGCUCGUUGUGGUGUACUGAUUUGGAGACGAGAUGCCUGAAGAUGAGAUCGUUUUAGGGCAAACUUUUGGCUUUUUCUUUUCAUAAAGGAAUCAGCAAUAUUUUUCUCCAAAGACGGGAUCAACAUAAGAAAAGCAAUUCAGUUUUAGAAACUUAUGGUUGCAGUAAUAAAUAUGUGCAAGUGCCUGAUUUUUGUUUCUGUGAAUUUAAAAAGAACAGACAGCCCCAUUGGGAUGUCACUUAGUUUUACUCUACGUUGAUUCACAUGUUUGGCUUUUAUAAGGACCCCUGAUCUUUCUGACCCCUGUCUUUUAAUUUAUUUGUGUUUUGAAUAGUAGUUUCUGUUGCAUCUGCUUUUUUUUCCAUCAUUUUGGUUUCAUGGUUGUAGCUGCAAAUGUUUUGGCUCUUAUUUGUUUCUCAUAGGAAACAAAUAAAUUAUAUUAAUUUAUAAUUGCUUUAUAAAUUAAUGUUUUUGAGAAACUAACUCCUAUGUUCCUGAUCGGUUUGUUGAAGCUGUUUAAUGAUCAUACUGAAUUUCUUGUUUUUCGCCUCCUUUGAGAUUUGUGCCGUUUCAUUUCUUAAUAUUUUGUCAGCUUUUCUUUCAUCUUAAUGAAUUUCUUAAAUUAAAAUGUUUCCAGUGCCUUCUCUGGCCCAGGGGCUCCUCCGUCUGGUACCGAUACAACAUGCACAUGUUGUUGGGAUGUAUUUAUAGAAUUAGUGCCUUAAUGUAUGUUGUUGUAUGUCGAUUAAAAUCUAGUAAAAAAAAAAACAAACUGUGUUUAACUCAUGGUGCCAGUUUGCAGUGUUUCAUUCUGGAUAACAAAAGGUUAAAUGUGAGCCGCAUGUUUCUCUUCUGGGUUCUCAGACAGUCUGGACAUGAUUUCACCAUUUUUCCAAACAAUACUAAACUCCUUAAUGUUUCGCAGUGGAUACAGCUUCACAUAAAACUUUAGUGACUGUAUAAAAAAGCUCCAGUUUUAUCUAACUUAUUUAAAAGUGGUGGUUUUAAACCCUGUUUUGGCAGUUCACCACCUUGUUAAAUACUAGGAUUCCCAGGCUUUUCAAGGAAGUUUCAAAAAUAUAUUUUCAAAAAUGUACCUUUAACCCUGUAUUAACCUUCCAAAAAGUUGCACUUUUGAUACGUUACUCCAUAAAAUGUUUUUCCAAAAGUCUUUGGGGUUUCUUCAAGUUGUUUUUAGGAAAUAGGAGUUGAGCUUUAGCUUUGUUUUUUGGUCAGAUUCAGGAGUGGUUUUCAGUAUUUAUGCCAUCUCCAGGUCUCCUUCUUAUUACAUCGGGUUCUUUCGUGACCUUUUGGAUGAAUAGUCAAUGCGUGGGUUCACCGCUCUUCCACGUUUUCUCCAUUUGUGCUUAAUGUCUGAAUUAUUCUCAUAGCUUGAGAAUAAUCAUAUUAUUUACAAAUUGCAAGGCAUUUCCGUACCACAACAUCACAUAACGUAAUGUUGAAAACUGUGACGAACAACGUUUUGUUUUCCUGCCUACACCUUCACAAAGGUUUGUUGAGUAAAUACUAUUUUCUGUUCACCCACUGCUUGCCUUGAAGCAAAAUAGAGGUUCAAGGUGUUUGGUUUUGUGUUGCUGUUGUAACCCACAUAAAGUGGGUAUGCCACUUUAAGAGAAGAGGUUAAGGAAGCUGGGUGGUCUGCCUGGCCAAUGAGAAGUUUGGUUUCCAGAGCGUCUGGACCAAUCAGGGUGCAGGCUGCCGUUGUGGAUCCCGCCCUUCUCCCCCGGGUCUGCAGUACCGUUGGUUUUGCUCUAGAGAUCCGACGCGGUGAGACUGCUGAGCGGGGCAGCGCCAGAGUAUGUAUCCCGACAGUUAAAAGUAUUUUUUACGUGCUGUAUUAACUGUAUUGUGGAUAAACUCUUUUGUAAAUAGAUUUUAUGUUGAUUGUCCAGCUUUUGUGCUGGAAAUUAUUUAUUAAAUGAAUACAAACUGAACUUCAGUUUUUUACCGUUAGAGCCGUUAGGAAUCGUUGGCUCUUUCUGGCAGUUAUUUCAGCUUGUUCUUCGUAGAUAAAAGGUAAAAUUUAGGCUUUAACAUAAUUUUAUUUUAUUAAGUUUAUAUUAUUUAGAUCAAAUAUGCCUUGUUACAUCGUUUAGUGCCCCACGCAUCCGGAUUGAGACCCACUAUACGGUUGUCUGAAGUGUGUCGCACUGAGAUCGGUGAGCAUAUUCGGAGCCUUUUAUUUGUGUUUUUGUCGUUUGUUACAUUGUUGUUACAAAAAUAUCCGUUGUUUUAGUAACUAGGUAAUGUUUUGUUACUGUGUUGGAAAGAAGGAUUAAAGCUAGAACGGCUUGGUAAAGUCCUGUAUUUCUGCUGGUCCUGUCUGUUGACAGGUCAGGUUUUUUUUUAUACUGGAUCAUUCCUGAAGUGGAUCCCUCCUUUGAUAUUGAUGGCGAGCCUUCCCACCUGGACCUAAAGAGAGAACCAGAUUUCGUCUAUCCCAUUUGGAGUCAUGCUGCACCCUGCGGUGUGGUAGGAGAGCAACAUACAUCUUCACACACGGUUAUGUGUGAAACCUACAACUGACAUUCUCCAUUAUUAUUGUUUUUUUAUUUAUUGAUUUUUGGACAAUACUGUUUGGAUUGUUUUAUUUCGGACAUUGUGACGCACAGCUGUGGUGGAAAUUCUCCUGUGAAUGAAGUUGAAUCAAACCAAAUUGGGAUUAAUUUGAUUAAUCUGCUGACUAAUACAAUUUAUAGUGCAGAUUACCAGGGUGCACCCGAAUUAUUUGAAAUUAAGAAUUAGCACUUGGCCAAGUAUUAUUGUUAUUUCUUUUUUUUUUUCAUUUUAUUGUGUGUAAUUUUAUUUUCAUAAUUGUGUGUUUUGUGCAACUGUUAAUUGUGUGUUUUCUGUCACUAAAACCAGUUCUUUAAAUACACCCAACUGCCCUUGUGUGUCAUUUAAACACUCCACUGUGCUCCGAUAGCCGAACCUAUUGGCCCAUUUAUCCAAAAUAUAUGUAAUACCCUUCUCUACUGUGUUACACUGUGCUAAGAUGAUUCGAAUUCAUUUAUCACAAAGAGACAAUACAGGUAAUCUGGAGCUGAACAGGUGAGUGCAGCUAUUGGUAAAAAUCCACUAAUGUAUGGAAGUACAUUUUUGCCACUUGAAGAAAAACAAAAGCCGCCGGGUAUGCUGCUAUAGCUAAUAAUUAUAAGAUUGUCAUUUUGACUUCAAAAAGGGUAAAUAUGUCACUAGCUCAAGCUUAUGAGAUUAAAAGCCAUAAUUUAAACUUUGUAAAAUUACUUGAACUUUAUAUGUUGACCUGUCCAAAAUGUACCCUGAGAGAUCACCACCAGCCUCCUUAAUUGUAAGUGAAAAGUAAACUUUUCUUUAGACUACUUCAACUUUGUAUCUCAUGUUUAUAACAUCAGAAGUCCAAAUUUAGAGUGUCAAAGGAGUCACAAUCCUGACUUUAAAAGUCCUAAUUAUGAUGCAUGAGAACCAGCUUUUGAAAAGUUACAGGAUCUUCAAUCAUAUUUUCAACUUUCAAAGUUCCCAAUGUGACCGCAAUUGUGACUGACAUUGUGUUUUAAUGCUGGGUUUGUUUGGCAUGAAUGAGCUUCCAUACAGAGUACAAUAAGGCACAUCACAAGCGGUCUGUAAAUGUACUUUAGAUCCGGGAGGGUCGUUUUUGUUGCUCAUAAAGUCAGCCACAGUAAGAUGACGGUGACGGCAGGUUGAAGCGGUGAGAAGAAGCGAGCCGGCGCUGCCGCCGGGACGGAGGGACACGGACCCAACAGAAGCAGCGCAGGACGGGGACGGGGACGGCGAACCUUCCGCUGAGCGCAGAUAACCUCUCUGAAUAAACUGCUGAACUCCGUUCAUGACAAGAACUGCCGAGAAGUAGUUCUCUAAAAGCAAUGCACCUCCUGCAGCGGAUGAGGUCCCGCCUGCUGAUCAGCCAUCCUACCCACCAGCUCCGCGGGAACAGGUCCAGUACCAGUUCACCCAGUGCAGAGGACGGCGCAGAGGAGGAGAGCUGCUGGGAGCCAUCAGUUAAAUAACAAACACACUUAAGAAAAGUCAUCUCAAACCCGUGGAAGCCGAUCAGCUUCAGCGUGAAUCAGUUGAAUUCGUCUCCACAGACUGAAUAACAAUGCUGAUGUUCUCCUGCACUGGAAGCUAACCGCGACCUCCAGACAUGAGACCAAGAGUGAACUCCAACUCUCUGAUUUUCCUGGUGCUCCUGCAGGGGGCAGGAGUGGUGAUGUUCUGCAACUGGUACUACGAACUCAGCCCUUGUGACUCCCCUCCUGCUGACCCCAAAGUUCACGUUUUGCUGCUGUCGUCGUGGCGAUCGGGCUCAUCCUUCCUGGGUCAGGUGUUUAGCCAGCACCCGUCUGUUUUCUAUCUCAUGGAGCCCGCGUGGCACGUGUGGAGCACAAUGAGGACUUAUGGUGCGAAGACUCUCCAGAUGGCUGUGAGGGAUCUAAUGCGGAGCGUGUUCCAGUGUGACUUCUCAGUGAUGGAUUCCUACAUGUCAGAAAAUCGCAACACCUCCUCCUUCUUUAUGUGGUAUCAGAGUCGGGCACUGUGCUCGCCGCCACUCUGUUCCGUCACACCAUUUGGUCAGAUAAGCAACAUGAAAGAGUGCCAAAAGGAAUGCCAUGGUCUAGAUUUUGAGAAGGCGACAAAUUCCUGCCAAAUUUACAGCCAUGUGGUGUUAAAAGAAACUAGAUUUUUUGAGCUGGAAUCCCUUUAUCCUCUCUUUCAAGACCCCAAUCUUGACCUACGCAUUGUUCAUCUUAUCCGAGAUCCUCGGGCUGUGUACAGGUCCAGAGAGGAGUCAGCUUUAUCCUUUGAGAUGGACAACCCCAUCAUCUUGGAGCACAGAGAUGUACCAGAAGCCGAGGAGCAGUUUCAAGUCAUGAAGAAAAUCUGCCAGAGUCACAUCCGGAUCAACGAAACGGCCACCCAGGACCCUCCUGCAUUCCUCAAGGGUCGCUACAAGCUGGUUCGCUACGAAGAUGUGACACGCCACCCGCUUCAGGAGAUCAGUGAUAUUUAUGACUUUGUAGGUUUAAAGAUGACCAAAGAGAUGGAGGACUGGAUAGUUACGAUGACCCACGGAAAGGGGAAAGGCAACCUGAAUAAUGCUUUCGAGGUUAUCCCCAGAAACGCUGCCCAAGUGUCCCAGGCUUGGCGCAGCACGCUGCCGUUCAACAAGGUCAAACGCAUUCAGGAGGUGUGUAAAGAGGCCAUGUCAAUGCUUCGCUACAAGGCAGUUAACAGUGAAGAAGAGCAGAAGAGACUUGACAUGGAUCUGUACAUGCCGGAAGGACCGAAAGGCUUUGCUUGGGCAUCGGGUAAAUUACGGAGCCAUUAAAACAUUCAAGGUUUAAUGAAUGAAGCACUUUUCUGUGCUCUGUAUUUUACUGGAUGGACUGACUAAAUUAUUCUGUUGUCUUCUGCUGUGGAUUAAAGUAUUUAUAUUAUGUUGUGCAGUUCUCAGGAAGUAUUAUUAUUAUUGUUAUUAUUAUUAUUUGCUUGUUUUAUCUGAAUCAAAAUAGAGCAAAUUGUCUUUAGAAGCUCUUCAGAUUGUAAUCGUAUACAUUUAAAAGCAGGACUUGUUAAAACAGUCGCUCAACUAUGAGAUGCAAAUGUUUUUCCAAAGACACGGAUAAUUCGGUCCUAAAGCGAGGCUACUUUGAAUGAACAAAUUCUUGAAUUGUUGUUUGUGAGUCUAUGAAUUUAGGUUAUUAGUAAUUUAACUUUCCUUUUGUUUGUUUUGCUUUUACUUAAUUGAACCAGUAACAGAUGGCAGUUGAUAGAACCUUCAUGCAGUCUGUAGACGUAUUAAAUAAAAUUUAUUUUAAUUUAAUUUAACUGUAUUCUUUAUAACCAGAGCAGACAGGAUCUUCUUGUUUCAACACUGAACUUACUUCGCUGUGAACAAAAUGUGUCUCUGAUGCUUCAGUGGAUAUAUGUCACUUAACAGACUGAAUCGGCACUAAACAUGUUUUUGCUUUUAUUUGAGAUUUUACGUUUUGCUUCUCGCCCACCAUUUUUCAGAUUAUUGGUGUUUUUACUGUUUUGAUUGAGUUUUUGUCUAUUUUAGUUAUCUUUAGGCAUCUGUCUUUCAGUGUAUUUUUCUUUGAUCCCUUUGACUUUUUUUUAAAAUCACAUGGCAACAUUUUUAAACAGGGUUUGGCAAACGUAAUGGAAUCCAUUAAAAAUCGUAGAUGUUCAUCUUUGUUGGAAAAGCCUGGGGAUUCUGUAAUGCUUAUUCCACAUUGUGCCUGGAUGUGUUUGCUUAAAAUACAAUGAAGAUCCAAAGCUCA